AUGGUUCCAUACGGUUUAACAGAUCACUGGUUCGCGGUGUCGGUGUCGCUCAAGGCUGCAUCGGCGGACGACCAUGGCCCAGGGUUGUGGAGGCUUCAGGCACCUCAGGCUGGGGGUGAAGGAGUCAGGAACAUUAUAUCGGCGGUACUGGACUCACAGGCGAAGUGUCCGGACAACGGCCUGGAGAGACUGGUGACGAAUCUGCGUGCAAGCAUGAGAGCUCAUGUAGCAGAGGAGAGAAAGAGAGUUAAGGCGACCAUGGUGCACUUGGAGCUGAAGGUGGAAGAGCUUCGAUGGAAGGUGAUGUCGGACCCUUCGUCGCAGGCUUUGUACGAGGAGCUGAUAAAGAAUGAAACGGCUCUCAAGCUUUACCAGGACAGCAACAAGGAGAGGCUGCAAGUUCUGACGGGGAUGCUGCAGGAGCUGGUGGGGGAGACUCCGUCAGGGUUUCUGUCAGGCUUGGUCAAGUCCAGAAAGGCGAAAACUGAAAUAGCGGAACUUACCUUCAAAGGGCUGUUGAGAAAAGGAGCAAGCGAGGUGCUGCAAGCUGCCUCGGAGCAUUUCCGAGAAGCCUACACGCUGUCGCCGGCGCCCUCCCCUGCGGAGCCAUGGCCGAUCGAGGAGGGAAAGACGCUGCAGGAGAGCGAUCGCAUGCAGAUGGACAGCGAAUGGUCAGAGCAGGAAGUAAAAGCGGCGCUAAAAGGCUUACCGGCGGGGAAGGCCCCGGGGCAGGACGGCCUGCCAAAAGAACUCUUCGAAAGAAACUGGGAGCUGCUGGGCCCGGCAGUGAUGAGAGAGGUCAAGAGCUUCGAGUCAGCAGGGGUGCUUUCGGAGUCUUUCACAACGGCGGUCACGAUCCUCCUGCACAAAAAAGGAGACAGGGACGACUUGGGAAAUUACCGACCGAUCACUCUACUGAGCUUCUUCUACAAAUUGCUGGCGAAGGUGUUGGCGAACAGAAUCAAGGUGGUCUUACCGCGUGUGAUCUCAGCCAACCAGUUCGGCUUUCUUCCGGGGAGGAGUCUCGCUGACGCUGUCUCUCUGGUAGCAGAUGCGAUUGAUGCUGCGGAGCAGGAGGAUGAGGAUUGGCUGCUGCUGCUGGUUGAUUUUCAGAAAGCUUACGAUUCGGUAUCACGUGAAUACCUCUUCGCGACAUUGGGCAACAUGGGUUUCCCGGAGAAGUUCACGAGAUGGGUAAAGGGUCUCCACGAUGGAGCGGCAACCAGGGUACUAUUGAACGGUUGGAUUGGGGAGCGAGCAGAGAUGGCCAAAGGGGUGCGCCAGGGCUGCCCGCUCGCCCCGUAUCUCUUCCUCUGCGCGGUUGAGCCUCUCUGCCAAGAAAUUCAACGGAGGAAACUGGGGGUCAGGAAGAGAGGGGUGAAAGGGAGCUUAGACUACAUUGGAUAUGCAGACGACACGACGCUGGUCUUGAAGGGCAAAGAGCAGGUGGCGGUUGCUGAGAAACUGCUGGGGGAGUUCGCGGCAAUCUCAGGACUGAAGGUGAACCGGGAUAAGACAACAUUGAUGCCGCUCGGGAAAAAUCGAAGGAGGCUGCAGCCGAUAGCGUCGUCUUUCAAGUGGGCGGCGAAGAACACAUCUGAAAGGCUGCUCGGAAUCUGGAUCACCUCUGGAGGCUCGCCGGGACCUGCAUGGGACAAGGCUUUCGAGAAGGUUAGCGCGGUGCUGAGUUGCUGGGAGACUAAGCAUCUCAAAACCUCGGCACGGGUGACCAUCAUAAACAGCUACGCGAUGCCGAUUUUGCUCUUCCAGGCGCAGAUCUACGCCCCACCGUACGAGGUCUGGACCAAAGUGAAGAGGCUCUGUCAUAAUUUCAUCUCCGGUGGGAAAGCGCUCCUUGAUCGACACUUCACGCUAUGGAGCUAUGAGCUGUCGUGCAGAGGACGGAAGGAGGGGGGCUUGGGGGUGAUUGAUCUGAAACACCGGAUUGACAGCAUGGUGAUCCAAGGACUGGGAAAGGCCCUGGUGGAACAGGAGCCACUUCGAAACUGGUUAUGGGAGAGGGCGGCGGCUUUCCCCCUUGGCCUGGCCACGGUUUACGCGCACCCUUCGGUCCUGAAGUCCUGGCUGGGAGGGGGCACGAGAUGGAAGGCCACUAUUAAGGCACUGUGGGACUCAAAACUUGUGGACAUAGGCGAUCCGGCUCACAGAUGGGACGCAGAGGAGGAGCAGUUACUUUUCAACCGCAGUAUUUUCUUCAGAGGCAGAUCACCCUUCGGCAACCAGGCGGGCUCGCUCUGUCUGAAGGGCAUCCGACUGGGGGAUUUGGUGGUGAAAGGAGGAGACGGCAGCAGAGCUCGUAAGAGCGAUGAGGUUCUGGAGAGGGAACUGGGAGGCGUGGAGCAGAGGAAAUGGGCCCUGAAGGCGUGGGAGGCGACACCGCAGAGAUGGAAGGAUAUGGUGCUCAACCAGCUGUCGGCGGAUGAACUCUUCAGGGAAACGAGUUUGGUCCGCUCUGCGUCUUACCGCCCGGGGGAGUUCUUUUAUUAUCAGCUGCAAUAUAUGGAAGGGCCCGCGGUUUACUCGGCGCUCCAAGAACGCGACUGCUCUAUUCUGCAAUCUGUGAGAAAGGCGAGCGGGCGGAUCUAA